AAACAUUUGAAUACCAAGGAACACCGAACAUUUCUUAACUUUCCCUUCGUCCAUAUAUAUAUAUUAUGCAAUGCCUCCAAUUUGCUCCAUGAAACUUAAGACAUUUGUGGGUGGGAAAUGGCAGCAAAGGCAAGUAGUGUUAUUAUGCCCAUUGUGAGCAAAAUGUAUUGCUCACCAUCUCAGGUGAUUCUUGUAGUAAGGAGGAGGCCUCAUGUUGUGAACGGAGGAGGUUUUGUAGUGACAGAUUGUACCCAGAAGGUGGUUUUCAGAGUAGAUGGCUGUGGAAUACUCGGUAAAGACGGGGAAGUCGUUCUAAGGGAUGCGGAGGGCGAUUCUCUCCUUCUCAUUCGUCGAAAGGAAGGAAUCGUCGAAGCGCUAAACAUCAACAAACACUGGAAAGGGUAUGCAUUCAACUAUGAAGGUUCACAGAAGAAGGUUUUCACCUUAAAAGAGCCUAACUCGUAUCUCAUGAAGAACAAUCCAAUCAAAAUCUCCACUCAACCCAGGGGUUGUGGCACACAGUGGGAUUUUCAGACCAAGGGUUCUUUCCACGAUCGAACUUGCAGCAUUGUCGAAUCCACCGGCAACAUCAUAGCAGAGAUUGGAAUCAGGAAAGACGUGGAGGAGAUGAUGAUGGGAAGCAGGGAUCUUUACCACGUAAUCGUGAAACCUGGGACUGAUCAGGCCUUUGUUUUUGGAGUUAUCGCUGUUCUUGACUACAUCUACGACGGAUCUACCAGAUGCUGAUCAUCGAAUCUGAAGGAGAUGAUGCUCUAUUCAUGAAUUCUUUUCUUCAUGUAUAAGCAAUUAAUCAAUAAUCUGUGCUAUAGACAUAGUAUUUGUCAAUAUCAAUGAUACUAUUAACCCAGAAGUAGUAGCAAGAAAAUGUUUUUUUUUUUUUUUGCGAAAUGCAUUCUGUUGUGUGCACGGCAUAUCAAAUUUGGGUGCA